AUGGCCGACGACUUUAUCCUGACGCUCGAUUCGGAUUCGGAACCGGAAACUUCCUCCCGUCCUUCUUCCUCGAAACGCACUCCCAACAAGUCUAAUCCUAAAUCUGCUGUAUCAAGCAAGAAUGCCAACGGCAACAGUACUGGCAAGAAAGAAGAAGAGAAUGAGGAGUUCGCACUGGAUGACGAUUUUGCGCUGGAUUUCUCGGGGUUGGACGGGGCGAGGACGGCUCUGAGGGAGACUCUGGGGGAUGGGGUCGAUUUUUGGGAAGAGGGGGACGAGGUCAAGGGAGGCAAGUUGCAACCCUUGAACGUCGACGAUAUCAUCGCACGGAGAACGGGCAAACCGAUCUUGUCUCAUCGGGAAAAGACGAAAAAGCGUAAACGAUCCGCCAAGGACGAGGGCAAACGAGAUGACGAUAGCGAUAGCGAGGAUGCGGAGGAAGAUUCAGAGGAAGAUUCAGAAGAAGAGGAAGGUACUGAGGAAGAGGAAGACGAGAUGGAAGUUGACGACGUCUCCGAUGAUGGAUCUGGGUUCGGGAUGGGCGUUCAGAGCGAUGUCGAGGAGGAGGACGACGAGGAUGAAGAUGAGGAAGGUUCUGAAGAGGAGGACGAGGAAGACGGCGACUCCGACCUCGAUUCCGCCGAGGAUGAAGAUGAGGAGGACGACAUUCAGAUGGGCUCGGGUUCCGACUCGGAGGCUGAGAGCGAGGAAGACACCGCCGCGGAAAAGGCCCGCAAGGACGCCUUCUUCUCCACCGACCCGACUCUGAAAAAGGACGCCCAGAACAACCCGAUCGACCCGACGAUCCCCACAUCGUUCAGCCAGAUGAGCCUCUCACGACCUCUUCUGAGGGCACUGACGGCUCUGAACUUGUCCACGCCUACGCCUAUCCAGGCGAGGUCAAUUCCGCUCGCACUCCUCGGAAGGGACAUUUUGGGAAGCGCGGUGACGGGUUCGGGAAAGACCGCGGCGUUCUUGAUCCCCAUUCUCGAACGUCUGCAGUACAGGGACAAGUCCAAGGCCGGGGCGGCUUGUCGAGUCCUGAUCCUCUGUCCUACCCGAGAAUUGGCGGUCCAGUGCGAAAAUGUGGGGAAAUCGCUCGUACAACACUCGGGACUCGAUUCCAUCCGAUUCGCCCUUCUCGUCGGAGGUCUCUCCCUCAGCGCCCAGGCGCACACCCUGCGGACCCUCCCGGAUAUCCUGAUCGCCACCCCAGGUCGUCUUAUCGACCAUAUCAACAACUCUCCCUCGUUCACCCUGAACGCGCUGGACAUCCUCGUCAUCGACGAAGCCGACCGCAUGCUCGAAGUCGGGUUCUCGCAAGAGUUGAACGAGAUCAUCAAGAACUGUCCGAAGAAACGUCAGACGAUGCUCUUUUCGGCGACGAUGACGGAUUCGAUCGACGAGCUCGUCAAGCUCUCCCUCGACAGGCCGGUGAGGUGUUUCGUGGAUCCCAAACGGACGACGGCGAAGAACCUCGUACAAGAGUUCGUCAGGAUCAGGGGGAGGUCGAACCCGGCUCCUACGGCUUCGGCUGCAGCGUCAGGGUCGAAAGCGGGUUCUAACGACCAAGGAGCUGUCCAGGGGGCAGAUCGGGUCAGAGCGGCGACUUUGUUGUCCCUCGUUACGAGGACGGUCAAAGACAAGUGUAUCAUCUUUUUCCGAAGCAAAGCGUUGGCUCAUCAGAUGAGGAUCGUGUUUGGGCUGUGCGGGUUGAAGGCGAGUGAGCUGCACGGGAACUUGACGCAGGAACAGCGUCUGGUGGCUCUGCAAGAAUUCAAAGCGGGACAGGUGGACUACCUGUUGGCUACCGAUUUGGCUUCCCGUGGUCUCGAUAUCAAGGGGGUGGAGACGGUCAUCAACUACGAUAUGCCCGGUCAACUCAGCGCAUAUACGCAUCGAGUCGGUCGUACCGCUCGUGCCGGUAGGAACGGUCGCUCGAUCACCCUCGUCGGUGAAGCCGAUCGACGGAUGCUCAAGGCGGCCAUCAAGCAAUCAGCUUCGUCGCAGAUCCACAACCGAGUCAUUCCCAGCACGGCCAUCCAGUCGUGUGCCAAGAAGCUCGAAGCGCUUCGUUCCGAGGUCGCCGAAGUCUUGAAGGAAGAAAAGGAGGAAAAGGCCGUCCGACAGGCCGACAUGGAGUUGACCAAGGGAAGGAACAUGAUCGAGCACGAGGAGGAGAUCUUUGGUCGACCGAAGAGGACGUGGUUCCAGAGCGAGUCUGAAAAGCAAAAGGCAAAGGAGGCCAGUAAGUCGGCGUACGUAUCUGCUUUCCCGGAGGUCAAGGAAAAGGCCAAGUCGGCUGCGGAUCAGCCCAAACGAGGAAAGUACGAAGGUCUCUCUCGAAAGCAGACUCGACGCAAGAUCGCCAGGGAGAUGGACGAGGCUGAUGGUAGUAUGAAGACCGCCGCCGCCGGUGCUCGAGCUGCCAAAAAGGCCGCACGACCUGUCAAGAUCACCGAAGCUCAGCCUAAAAAGGUCGACGCCAAGAGCAAGCGCAGAAAGACUGAAAAGUCGAUGAAGAAGAUGGCUCUCGGCAAGGGAGGAUUCGACACUGACAGCAGCAAGCGAGGAGGCAAGGCCGUCCGAGAGGGUAUGCGAGCGGGUCGGAGUGAUGGUGUCGGACUUGGAGGCAAGAAGAAGAGUGGCGGUGGGGCCAAGGGGAAGCCCAAGGGUAAAGGCCGCAAGUAG